GCCAUUUCCCACCUGUGGAUCCGAACGGGUUGGAGGCUGUGUUUCCCAUCAGCAACGUGAGCCGGGAGGACGGCGGGAGCUACAGCUGCUCCUAUCACAGCAGAUCAAAGCCGUCCGCCGCAUCGUCCCCCAGCGACCCCGUGGAGCUGGUGGUGAGAGAUCCCAGCCUGCCCAGACCCUCCAUCUCUCUGAGCCCCACUGGGGUCACCACCCCAGGGGCAGACGUCACCAUCCGGUGUCAGGGGCAGCACCGGGAAGUGAGAUUCUUCCUGCACAAGGCUGGAGACCGGGACCCGCCGCGACACAUGGACCCUGCUGGGGACGGGGCCGAGUUCCACAUCCCCACCGUGGGCUGGCAGCACGGAGGGAGCUACAGCUGCAGCUACCGGCCCCCAUCAGAGCCCUUCAUCUCCUCGGACCCCAGCGACCCCGUGCAGCUGGUGGUAGCAGAGCCCAGCUACCCCAAACCCAACAUCUCCCUGAGCCCCAGCGAGUGGGUCUCCCUAGGGGAAGACAUGACUGUCUGGUGUCGGGGGCAGCGCCAGGGCAUGAGAUUCAUGCUGAAUAAAGAGGGACGCCAUUUCCCAGCUGUGGAUCCGGAAGGGUUGGAGGCUGUGUUUCCCAUCAGCAACGUGAGCCGGGAGGACGGCGGGAGCUACAACUGCUCCUAUCACAACAGAUCAAAGCCAUCCGCCGCAUCGUCCCCCAGCGACCCCGUGGAGCUGGUGGUGAGAGAUCCCAGCCUGCCCAGACCCUCCAUCUCUCUGAGCCCCACUGGGGUCACCACCCCAGGGGCAAACGUCACCAUCCGGUGUCAGGGGCAGCGCCGGAAUGUGAGGUUCUUCCUGCACAAGGCUGGAGACCUGAACCCGCCGCGACACAUGGACCCUGCUGGGGACGGGGCCGAGUUCUACAUCCCCACCGUGGGCCGGCAGCACGGAGGGAGCUACAGCUGCAGCUACCGGCCCCGAUCAGAGCCCUUCGUCUCCUCGCAGCCCAGUGACCCCGUGGAGCUGGUGGUAGCAGAUCCCAGCUUACCCAGACCCUCCAUCUCUCUGAGCCCUGCUGGGGUCACCGCUCCAGGGGCAAACGUCACCAUCCGGUGUCAGGGGCAGCGCCGGGACGUGAGGUUCUUCCUGAACAAGCCUGGAGACCUGAACCCGCCGCGACACAUGGACCCUGCUCGGGACGAGGCCGAGUUCCGCAUCCCCACCGUGGCCCGGCAGCACGGAGGGAGCUACAGCUGCAGCUACCGGCCCCGAUCAGAGCCCUUCGUCUCCUCGCAGCCCAGUGACCGCGUGCAGCUGGUGGUAGCAGAGCCCAGCUACCCCAAACCCAGCAUCUCCCUGAUCCCCAGCGGGGGGGUCUCCCUGGGGGGAGCCGUUUCCUUCUGGUGUCGGGGGCAGCGCCAGGGCAUGCAGUUCGUGCUGAAUAAAGAGGGACGCCAUUUCCCACCUGUGGAUCCGAACGGGUUUGAGGCUGUGUUUCCCAUCAUCAACGUGCGCCGGGAGGACGGCGGGAGCUACAGCUGCUCCUAUCACAGCAGAUCAAAGCCUUUCGCCAGGUGGUCCCCCAGCGACCCCGUUGAGCUGGUGGUGAGAGAUCCCAGCUUACCCAGACCCUCCAUCUCUCUGAGCUCCACUGGGGUCACCGCCCCAGGGGCAAACGUCACCAUCCGGUGUCAGGGGCAGCGCCGGGACGUGAGGUUCUUCCUGCACAAGGCUGGAGACCUGAACCCGCCACGACACAUGGACCCUGCUGGGGACGGGGCCGAGUUCCACAUCCCCACCGUGGGCCGGCAGCACGGAGGGAACUACAGCUGCAGCUACCGGCCCCCAUCAGAGCCCUUCAUCUCCUCGCAGCCCAGCGACCCCAUGCAGUUGGUGGUAGCAGCAGCCCCCCCGGGACACCAGGAUUUCACCUACGCCAACAUCGCCCGCCUGGUGCUGAGCGCCAUGGUCCUGCUCGUCAAGGGCCUGAUCCCGGCUGAGGCCUAUUACAGCCGCCCGAGGGAGGUGCCCUAGGAGUAUGGAUCCGGCCGUGCAGGAAAGAGAAUCUCCUCGGGGGAUGAGCCGCUUCCCCUCGGGGGACCGAGAUGCCAGUACAAACCCCCCUGCCCCCAAAUACCCCUGCCUCAGAGAAUCCCCACCCCAAAACAGCUGCCGACCUGACAGCAGCUCCCCAGGAUUGAACCCCCAAUGCCAUGUGUGACACUGCACUCCAUAUGUUUAUGGAAAUACGCUUAUGAGUGUAAAUAUAAUGUAACUGGAAUAUUCUUUAAGCAAAAGGUCUCUUGGAAGGUAUCAUUACAAAACUUAUGAUCUA